AUGGAACCAGGAAAUGAUACACAAAUUUCAGAAUUUCUUCUUCUGGGACUUUCAGAAGAACCAAAUCUACAGCUUUUCAUAUUUGGAAUUUUCUUCUCCAUGUACCUGAUUACUGUGUGUGGAAACCUGCUCAUCAUCCUGGCCACCAUCUCAGACUCCCACCUGCACACUCCCAUGUACUUCUUCCUCUCCAACCUGUCCUUUGCUGACAUCAGUUUCACCUCCACCACCGUCCCAAAGAUGCUGGUGAACAUCCAGACACAGAGCAAGGUCAUCACCUAUGCAGGCUGCAUCACCCAGAUGUUCUUUCACAUCGUUUUUGCAGCAUUGGAUAACUUCCUCCUCUCUGUGAUGGCCUAUGACCGGUAUGUGGCCAUCUGUCACCCCCUGCACUACAUGGUCAUCAUGAAUCCUUGGGUAUGUGGAAAGCUGGUUCUAGCAUCCUGGAUCAUAAGUGUCAUGUAUUCCUUGUUACAGUGCUUAACAGCAUUGCGGCUGUCCUUCUGUACACAUGUGGAAAUUCCCCACUUUUUCUGUGAACUUAAUCAGGUGAUCCACCUUGCUUGUUCUGACACAUUUCUUAAUGACAUGGUGACUUAUUUUGCAGCUGUGCUGCUGGGUGGUGGUUCCCUUGCUGGGAUCCUUUACUCUUACUGUAAGAUAGUCUCCUCCAUUCGUGCAAUCUCAUCAGCUCAGGGAAAACACAAGGUAUUUUCCACCUGUGCCUCCCACCUCUCAGUUGUCUCUUUAUUUUAUUGUACACUCUUAGGAGUGUACCUUAGUGCUGGUGCUGCCCACAGCUCACACUCAAGUGCAGCAGCCUCAGUGAUGUACACUGUGGUCACCCCCAUGCUGAACCCCUUCAUCUACAGUCUGAGGAAUAAAGACAUAAAGAGGGCUUUGAAAAUAGUCUUUGGACAGAAAUUGUGA